UGUUGAUACACUAGACGGAACAGCAAGACAGCCACACCGAGAGGAACUACCGGAUAACUCUUCAGGGAGAAAGAAGACUGAGCUCACACAGACCUCAGAGAAGACCUUUAAGACCUGAUUUUUGUAAUCGUUUUCCUGGAAUUCAACAGUUUUUCUGCAAGAACUGAGCAAGAACUCUGAGCAGGAUGAAGUAUUACCAGUGCCCCGUGACCCAGACCAUGAGGAUCAAGGCUUACAAUGAGGACUGCGUCAUCCCAGUCAGCUGCAAGACCUCUUCUCUGAAGCCCAUCCGCAAUGUACACUUCCCCAACGACAUUGUUUUCCAGGACUACGUCAGACAUGGCGAGCUGGAGAGGAUUGGACUUUUCAUCCGAGCCAAAAGGGUUAACCUGGACACCAUCUAUCACUCUGGCAUGGCUGCUAUCCACGAGGCUGUCCUGUCUGGGAACCUAGAGUGUGUGAAGCUGCUGGUGGACUACGGAGCAGAUAUCCACCAGAGAGACGAGGAGGGAUGGACCCCCCUGCACAUGGCUUGCAGCGACGGUUUUCCACACAUUGCACGCUACCUCCUCUCACUGGGUGCUGACCCCGAGCUGGAGAACGACUGCGGGGAGAGGCCAGCUGACCUCAUAGACCCAGAGAACAAGGAGCUGCUGGAGCUGUUCGGCCUGGCCAUCAACGACUGAAUGAGAGACACUAGGAUUUUAAAGCCUGCACACUUUUGUCUGAAACCUGCUGACCCGGUCGCCUGACUGUUGUGCAGAAACGGACUGAAGAGGCCUUGUCGAUCCAGCAUCCUGAUUUUGCGAGUGGCCUCAUUUCUGGAGGUCGAGGACUGACCUCGAAUGUCUGGUGAAUGGAGGCCUGGUCUAGCUGGUUGAGCAGAGACGUUUCCAGCUUUACAGAUUUACAGCUUCACAGCUUCUUU